AUGCAACAUAACGAGUCGGACAAUGUAAACGAUGAGAAUUUCACGGAAUCUUCAGCAAACCUUGCGGCAGCUGCAGACGACGGAUUUACAGAGGACAAGCAAACAGCAGAAAUGGAAUUUGCACAAACGCAAUAUAGUCCAAGAGGUAUUGUGCUGUUAUACUUUCGAGGCGACCCUGCUACAGAAGUGGAUAGGCAUUUCUCCAGGACGUUUGCAGAGUUGUGUUUUCCUGCCAGUUCUCCGGAGAAAAGUUUGGAGGACUCCAAUUUCCAAGGAAGAACAUCUAUUCCCAUGUCGCUGAGGAAUCUGCCGCCCUCGUUUUGGAAUUCGUCGCACAAAAACCAACCCCAACACCAUCAAACAAGCCUAAGUCACCAUGGCAACUCAGGAAACAUAUUUCAGCAAAAGCACAACACGAUGACUCCUUAUGACUGCAACUAUCAAGCAACUGGUAACCAUGACAACUUCAGUCAUCCUACUGGGUCAAACUUUGUUUACACUCGAACAAUCCCAAUGUCCUAUGCGCAACUGCCAACCGGGACUGUAAAGAACCUUUCCCCAGGCCCAGGGCCACAAAUACGUGUCCAACCUUGCCAUGCAUCCACGCCUUCAUUUCCGCUCGAGUCUGCCUUACAAAAUAACGAUCUGCAGCCGAAUUCUUUACGGUUUGAUCCGAGCUAUAAUUCCCUUCUUGUUCAGCCAGAUGUGAGGCCUCAUUUGCCACACAUUCCGGGAGAGCCAUCCCGCACAAGGACUGACGCUAGAAAUGAUAUUCGGGAGGGAUUUGCGGCAGAAUUACCGAUGAGAAAAGGAGGAAAAUUAAGAAGUACCUCAACUAAAAUUUAUGCAUUUGAGAUGUCAACCCAAGAUGAAAUUAAUAAAUGAUGUGCGAUACUAGUUUAUGGUUAAGAUUAAAGAGAACGCAGGAAGCUGCAACAUCUGCGGUAAAUUAACGAACUCGAAUUUUAAAACAAAUAUAUGUGUUGCCAUUUCUAAAGGACUUGCGUUGACAGAAUGUGAGGGUUCCCAUACAGGGAAAGCCAGAACUGUUAAAGUACUUAAAGUUGUUCAAAUUAGAGGGAUGAACAAUUAUAAUUGUUAGGUACCUCUUAAAAGGUACCGGAAUCGACUCGGGCUCGUGUAAAACUACCUCUUGUUUGUCGAUGAGAGAGGAAGAAACAAGAAAAAAACUGAACUCAUUCCAGAAGUUGCCAUAAUAUGAUGGGGACGGAGUAAUUUCCUUCGCAAGAAAUUCAAAUUUUUCCGUGUACUUGGCUGAAUAAUUCUUCGAUUAAGAAAGCAU